AUGCGCGCCGCCGCCGGCUGCCUGCUGGGCCGGCACGACUUCGCCUCCUUCCAGUCCAAGGGAGGGCGCGCCAGCACCGUGCGGACGCUGUAUCGAUGCGACGUGGCAGAGGGCGGCGACGGCAGCCUGACCGUGACGCUCGAGGCCAACGGCUUUCUGUACAACAUGGUGCGCAUCAUCGUCGGCACGCUCAUCGAGGUCGGCAUGGGCAAGCGCCGCAGCGACGACAUCGAGCGCAUCCUCGAGGCCGCGGAUCGCGGCCAGGCGGGGCCCACGGCGCCCGCUGCCGGCUUGUGCCUCGAACACGUCGAGUACGACGUGCCAAAUGAGCGGUCCGUGUCGUGA